AUGCCGUCGAUGGCUCGAUCACUUUUGUUUUUGGUGCUUGCCGCAUCAUCACUCGUUGGUGCGACUGGAAAAGAUGCUGUCCACAAGCUGCAGCAGACAGGUAAAGCUAACCUCGAGCUCCGGCUUGCCAAGUCCUCAACAUGCACCAAAGAGAACCUUCAGAUUCGACGUGAAUGGGGCGACAUCUCAAAGGCCGAGCGUAGAGAGUACAUCGCUGCUAUGCUGUGUUUGAUGUCUAAGCCUUCUCAACUGGACCAGACGGAGUAUCCUGGAGCCAAAACACGCUAUGAUGACUUCGUCUCUGUUCAUAUGAACCAGACAUUGACCAUCCAUGGGACUGGAAGCUUCCUUGCAUGGCAUCGCUAUUUCACCUGGUCCUUUGAAAGGGCUCUCCGGGAAGAGUGUGGUUACACUGGAUCACAGCCGUACUGGAACUGGGGCAAAUGGGCAUCAGAUCCGGCGAACUCUCCUCUCUUCGACGGCAGCGACACUAGCUUAAGCGGCAACGGUCUCAAAAUUAAUCAUGAAGAUACCGACUACUACCCAGCUGGACCCGGAGGAGGGUGUAUCUACUCCGGUCCAUUCGUCAAUAUGACCGCCCGCCUAGGCCCUCUCUCCCCAAUACUCAAACCUGCUCCCGCCGCCAACCCCCUUCCCAACGGCAUGGGCGACAACCCGCGCUGUGUUCGCCGCGACAUCACCAACUAUCUUUCCUCGCGUUAUACCCGCACCGAAGACAUGGUGACCCUGAUCGCCGACUCCCCCGACAUCCUCACCUUUCAAGACCGCAUGCAGGCUGUGACAGCGCGGCCCUGGGAAGUCGAGGGUACUUACAACCCAGCCGAGCACAACGGGAUGCCGCUCAUGGGCAUCCAUGCUAGCGGACAUCACACCAUUGGCGGCGACCCAGGAGGCGAUUUUUACACCAGUCCUAAUGAUCCGGCGUUUUUUAAUCACCAUGCGGGCAUUGAUCGAACUUGGGCUAUCUGGCAGUGGCUGGACUUGGAGAACCGGACUGAGCAGAUUGCUGGUGGCACGGCCAUGUUUGAUCCGGUGAACAGUCCAAGGCAGACGUUGGAUGAUAUCGUGGAUCUGGGAGUGGUUGGAGAUCAGGUUUGGAGGAUUAGGGACUUGGUCAGUACCGUUGAUGGGCCGUUUUGUUAUACUUAUGAGUAG